CAUUGGAGCACAAGGCCGAUAGGUGCACGGAUAAGAGACGGAGGGGACCAUGAACGCGGAAACGGAGGACACAGACAGAGACACAGGACCGAGGCUCUCCGUGUGGGCGCCCUACCCCGAUGGUCCCGUUCCAACGCUGGAUCCGGAUUGUCUCUAUGCGGCCUCGCUCUUUCAGGCACGAGUGAGGCGAGGGACGCUAACGACGCCGUCGACAUUGGUGCAGAGUGAAGUGCCCUGUCUCGAGGACGCCUCGGGCGUAAUGCUGGCUGAGGGCGUGGACGGCAUUGAUACCUAUUCUGAGGUGCACCAUGGCUCUUCUUCCUCGCUUUUGAACCCACUGGUCGUCGAAGGCGGACAGGAGAGACAGGACAUUGGCAGAAAGGCGCUGCUCCUCUUGACCUACCUCGAAAGGGAGCUCCAGCCGCUCAUCUACCACAUCCUCUUCUCGCCACGCCUCUUUGCUGCCCACACCUACAGAGCCUAUGCGCGCGGCAUGGGCUUCGCUCAGCGAAAAUCGAUGCCGCAACGGCUUCAGUCGGCCGCGAGGCACAAGGUCGCUUCGACCGAAUACCUUCGCUCGCGCAACGCGCUCUUUACUGGUCUGACGGACUCGUCAAGAACUGCCUCGACGCUCACCUCUGCACUGCGGGACGAGGGCGGCGACGACGAGGCGCAAGACCGUCUCGAGCGGGAGAGGCUGGCGCAGAGGGCAGGCAUCCGCUUUUGGCCGUUCGGCCUGACCGAUCGUGACGAAAAGGCCAGACGAGGCCAGGUCGUCAAGCAGAGGGCCGAGGCAGCUUUUGGGCAGGCCAAAGUCCUUCAAAGGCUCGAAGCAGUCCUGGACGUCGUGACAUCGUCAGUCAAAGCCACCGGUGGCGAUGGCGGCUUCCUGUUUGGGCAGGACAAGCCAACCAAGGUCGACGUCCGCCUCUUUUCCCUCCUCGCUCCUCUGCUCCAUCUCGUCCCUCUAGAGGAAACAGCUUCGUCAUCGGACGAAAGCGCAGCGCUGGCCACAGUCCUGCUGAUCCGGAACCGCUAUCCACUUCUCGUUGACUACGUCGAACGGGUGCGCACGCACAUUUGGCAAGCCGAGGGGCCUCGUCUGCACUGGCCCUCGGAAGAUGUUCCUCAAGACAUGACGAUCCGCAUCGCUCAGACACUCGGCACACUCUCGGGCCAGGCUUACCUCGGCCUGACUUCGCUAGGCACCUACCUGCGGCCACGACGACGACGGCCGGCACCACCCUCUACCACAGCGCGGGAAGGGCAGGAGAAGAGCAAGCCGGAGCAAAAGACCGAGCGGGAGCGCAAAGACGAGGCGAAAAUUGCCUGGGGAAGGGCCGUCUGGAUCGCUUCGGCCGUCGUCGGUGUCAUCGGUACGGCCUUUGCGAGCGGGCUGUUGGAGAUCAGUUUUGAAGCGGACGAAGACGAGGAGAACGAAGACGAAGUCAAGGAGGGGGGAAGCCGCCAGGACGAGGAGGAAGAGUAUGAGAUUGAAUUUGUCAAUGACAGCGAGGGGGCAGUGGCCGAGGGCGAAGAAGAGAUUGAAAUCGACAGUGUAGAAUUAGACGAUGCUUACGACGAAGAUGACGACGACGAUGACGCAUACGAAGAGGUGGGAGAGGAAGAGGAAUAG